GCGAUUUAGCAUUUAAAGGCAUUAGCAUUUAAUACGCUUAUCUAUUUGUUUUGAUUUAUUUAGUAUUUUCUGCACUUUGCUAAAUAAGGAACCAGUUCCACAAUUGACCAUCCCUAAUAUUUUAGCCAAGCAUGGGAGAUACCUUAUUACUGGCUUGAAAGAAUUGAAAAUGGGUAAAACCUCGAAGGAUAAACGUGAUAUAUAUUAUCGGCAGGCCAAGGAGGAGGGCUGGAGGGCCAGGAGUGCUUUCAAGUUGCUCCACGUCGACGAAGCGUACGGCAUACUGAAAGGAGUGCAGCGGGCCGUGGAUCUUUGUGCCGCUCCUGGCAGCUGGUCCCAAGUGCUCUCACGGAAAUUGUACGAUCCUUGCCAAACGGAUGACGAAAAGGCCGCCGUUAAGAUCAUUGCCGUGGAUCUACAAGCCAUGGCUCCUAUCCGUGGUAUAAUCCAGCUCCAGGGAGACAUCACAAAGCAGUCUACCGCGGAAGCCAUCAUCGGUCAUUUCGGCGGAGAUGAGAAGGCACAGCUGGUGGUCUGCGAUGGAGCACCUGAUGUCACUGGCGUCCACGAGAUGGACGAGUACAUGCAACACCAGUUGCUGGUGGCUGCGCUCAGUAUUGCCACCUGUGUGCUGGAAACUGGCGGCACUUUUGUGGCCAAGAUCUUUAAGGGCAACGCCACCUGGUUGCUCAGCUCCCAGAUGCAGAUAUUCUUCAAGAAAUUUGACAUCUACAAGCCGCCGAGUUCCCGUCCCUCGAGCAUCGAAGCGUUUGUGGUGUGUUCAGACUUCUGCCUGCCGGUCGGUUACAUUCCGCAAGUGAUCAAUCCGGCACGAGAUGAUAUCCGUCUGCUGGCGGAGAAAACAGGAUCCGAUGUCAACCGCCGGCUGGUUCCAUUUAUUGCUUGCGGAGAUUUGGGCGGACUAAGUGAUCCUGAUGAGGUAAAAUCUACCUCUUCAGAAGAACCAAACUCGGACGUGCAAUAUGUUUACGAUGCUGUUAUGAACGAUGCAUCAUAUCCAUUGGAAUUCAAGGAAAUCUUAAAGGAAGUCUAUGAUGAACAAUUGCAAAUCAGCUAAAUGUCUCUGAAAUAAAACUUAAGGAAACUAUUUAA